AUGCGGUCUCUCUUCGCCGCAGCCGCCCUCGCGGCGCUGGCUACUGCCAGCGACGUUCACGACCUCACAAAAGACACAUUCAAGGACUUCGUUGCUGAGCACGAUCUUGUCCUUGCAGAAUUCUUUGCGCCUUGGUGCGGUCACUGCAAGGCCCUUGCCCCCGAAUAUGAGGAAGCCGCCUCAACGCUGAAGGAGAAGAACAUCCCACUCGUCAAGGUCGACUGCACAGCGGAGGGUGACCUUUGCAAAGACUACGGUGUAGAGGGUUACCCGACCGUCAAGCUCUUCCGCGGCCUUGACAACAUCAAGCCAUACCCUGGCGCGCGGAAAGCUCCUGCCAUCGUCUCAUAUAUGACCAAGCAGCAGCUACCUGCUAUCUCUGUCCUUAACUCUGAAUCCCUCGAAGAGUUCAAGACCACCGACAAAGUCGUCGUUGUCGGCUACAUCGGCGCCGAUGACAAGACUGCCAAUCAGACCUUCACUGCUGCGGCCGAGUCAUUAAGAGACGAGUAUAUCUUUGGCUCCGUCAGCGAUGCCGCCCUCGCCGAGGCUGAAGGUGUCAAGCAACCUGGCAUUGUUCUGUACAAGGACUUUGAUGAAGGCAAGACCGUUUUCAGUGAAGAGCUCACCGAUGAAUCUAUCUCCAAGUUCAUCAAGACCGCCAGCACCCCAUUGAUUGGCGAGAUCGGCCCCGAGACCUACGGCGGCUACAUCUCUGCUGGUCUCCCUCUGGCCUAUAUCUUCGCUGAGACUCCUGAGGAGCGUGAAAAGCUGGCCAAGGCCCUCAAGCCUGUCGCCGAGAAGUAUCGUGGCAAGGUCAACAUGGCCACUAUCGAUGCCAAGGCAUUCGGUGCUCACGCCGCCAACCUGAACCUUCCAGUCGACUCAUUCCCGUCUUUCGCCAUUCAGGAGACCGUCAAGAACGAGAAGUAUCCUUUCGAAGGAUCCGAUCUGAGCGAGAAGAAGAUCGCGGCCUUCGUUGAGAAGUUCGUCAGCGGCAAGCUCGACCCUAGCAUCAAGUCCGAGCCCAUUCCCGAGAAGCAGGAGGGCCCUGUCACCGUUAUCGUUGCCCACAACUACAAGGAUAUUGUUAUGGACGACAAGAAGGAUGUCCUCGUCGAAUUCUACGCUCCGUGGUGCGGUCACUGCAAAGCCCUGGCUCCUAGCUACGAGAAGCUAGCCAAGCUAUACACCGAUAACAAGGACUUCAAAGGCAAGGUCACCAUCGCCAAGGUCGACGCCACUGCCAAUGAUGUUCCCGAUGACAUCUCCGGAUUCCCUACAAUCAAGCUCUUCCCCGCUGGCGCCAAGGACUCCCCAGUCGAGUACUCCGGCAGCCGGACCAUCGAAGACCUCGCCAACUUUGUUCGUGACAACGGAAAGUACGGGAUUGAUGCUUACGUUGAGGAGAAAGAGGCGGCUGAGACUGAUGCCGAUGAGACCAUGGCGCAGGCUGCCCCUGCCGCCACCGAGUCCGGUGAAGGUGUGGUCGACAAGGUCAAGAGUGCUGCAGCUGAAGCUGUUGACGCGGCGAUGACCGUGGUUGCGGAUAGUGAUGGUGAUGCCGGUACUGACGAGCACGAUGAGCUAUAA